AGAUCUGCCUGCACUGCAAGUGCCCCAGGGAGGACCACAUGGUGACAGCCAUGCCACUCGAGAUGGAGAAGACCAUCAGCAAACUCAUGUUUGACUUCCAGAGGAACUCGACUUCCGACGAUGACUCCGGCUGCGCCCUGGAGGAGUAUGCCUGGGUCCCGCCCGGCCUCAAGCCCGAGCAGGUUCACCAGUACUACAGCUGUCUCCCCGAAGAGAAAGUACCUUACGUCAACAGCCCCGGAGAGAAGCUGAGAAUCAAGCAGCUGCUGCACCAACUCCCGCCCCAUGACAAUGAGGUUCGCUACUGCAACUCUUUGGACGAGGAAGAGAAGCGGGAGCUGAAGCUGUUCAGCAACCAGAGGAAGCGCGAGAACCUGGGCCGGGGGAACGUCAGGCCCUUCCCGGUCACCAUGACAGGGGCGAUUUGCGAACAGGUGAGCGUGGAUUCAGGCAUUGUGAACGGAGGGGACGCCUCGCCGGCGUCUCCCGCUGUCCGCGCCGGCCGACGGGCCACACGCGUCUGCUGGCACCCGCCCUGCUUCGUGUGCAGCGUGUGCGGCGAGCUGCUGGUGGACCUCAUCUACCUUCCACCAGGAUACGGCCAAAUCCACUGUCGGCGCCACCCCGAGUGCCUGAACCCCGCGGCGCCUGCGACCGAGAUCAUCUUUGCGGACGAGUGCACGGAGGCCGAGGGCCGGCACUGGCACAUGAAACACUUCUGCUGCUUCGAGUGCGAGGCCGUGCUGGGCGGCCAGCGGUACAUCAUGAAGGAGGGGAGGCCCUACUGCUGCCACUGCUUCGAGUCCCUGUACGCGGAGUACUGCGACAGCUGCGCCCAGCACAUAGGGAUCGACCAGGGCCAGAUGACGUACGACGGGCAGCACUGGCACGCCACGGAGGCCUGCUUCUGCUGCGCCCACUGCAAGAAGUCGCUGCUGGGCCGGCCCUUCCUCCCCAAGCAGGGCCAGAUCUUCUGCUCGCGGGCCUGCAGCGCGGGCGAGGACCCCAACGGCUCCGACUCCUCGGACUCGGCCGCCUUCCAGAACGCCCGGGCCAAGGAGUCGCGGCGCAGUGCCAAGAUCGGCAAGAACAAGGCCAAGGCGGAGGAGCCCCUGCUGAGCCCGCACGGCGCGCUGCCGGGGGGCGGCCAGCGGCUGUCGGCCGAGGUGGACCCCCUGUCGCUGCAGAUGGACAUGCUCAGCCUGUCGGGCCAGACGCCCAGCCUGGGCCGGGACGCGGUGUGGCGGAGCCGCGAGGAGCCCUUCCACUACGGCGGCCAGGCGGAGCAGGGCCAGGCCCCCAGCCCCCUGCAGCUGCUCGGCCCCUGCAACCUGCGCGCGGCCUACAGCCCCGGCGGCCCUGCGCCCGGCGCCCCGCCCGACGUGUGGCCGCAGCACUUCGGCAACCCCAAGAGGGCCGCGCCCUCGCUGGCCAUGCAGGGCCACGGCGCCGGCAGCUUCGCCCAGGACUGCCGGGAGGACUACUACCCCGGCCGGCUGCGCUCCCAGGACAGCUACAGCGACAUGUCCAGCCAGGGCUUCGGCGACGCCCGGGCCGGCAUCCCGGUGUCCAAGUACGAGGAGGAGGAGGAGGAGCAGCAAGGGGGCCUGCCCGCGCAGCAGUGCCGGGCGCGGCGGCCCAUGGGCUCGCUGAAGUACGCGGAGGACAUGGCGGCCACCGCGCACACCCCGCGGGGCUCCAUGGAGUCGCUGGCCCUGUCCAACGCCACAGGCCUCUCCGCGGAUGGCGGCGCCAAGCGCCAGGAGCACCUCUCGCGGUUUUCCAUGCCCGACCUCAGCAAGGACUCCGGGAUGAACGUCUCCGAGAAGCUGAGCAACAUGGGCACGCUCAACUCGUCCAUGCAGUUCCGGAGCGCGGAGUCGGUGCGCAGCCUGCUGUCGGCGCAGCAGUACCAGGAGCUGGAGGGCGGCCUCCACCAGCUCGGCGCCCCGCUGGGCUACCGGGACCUGCAGUCCCGCGCGGGCCGCAUGCACCAGAGCUUCGACUUCGACCCGGGGCUGGCGGGCGGCAAGGUGCCCGGGGGGCCGGAGGGCGCGCGCGUGCAGCCGCUGAGCGAGCGCACGCGGAGGAGGGCCACCGCCGGCGCCUCGGCGGCGCGCGGGGGGCGACGGGCGCCCUUCCGGCCGCACCGGUCCCGCCGCUCGCGCUCGCGCUCCGACAACGCGCUGCACCUGGCGGGCGAGCGCGAGCCGCGGCGGGCUGCACGAGCGGCCCCGUGCGCCGCGCGCGAGGUGCGGCCGUUCGUGCGCCAGCGCAGCUUCCAGGAGAGCCUGGCGCACGCCGGGUCCCGCCGGGACCUGUACGGCCAGUGCCCGCGGACCGUGUCGGACCUGGCCCUGCAGACGCCUUCCGGGACCGCGGGCCCCUACCUCGCCGAGUACGAGUGGUGCUCCACCUGCUCCUCCUCCUCCGAGUCGGACAACGAGGGCUACUUCCUGGGCGAGCCCAUCCCGCAGCCCGCGCGCCUGCGCUACGUGACCAGCGAGGAGCUGCUGCACAAGUACGGCUCCUACGGCCUCCCGCGCCGCCCGCGCUGGCCGGCACGCGCGCAGCUGCACAGCAGGAAGCGGCAGAAGAGCAAGAACUGCGUGGUCUCCUAG